UCUCCCGGACACACGCGCGCGCAGGCGGCCUCCCCGCCCUAACCCACCGGAUGAAGUCUGUUUUAGAACCGCUCUCCACACAGCCCCCACCUGCAGACUUCCGGCCGGCUGGUCGAUACCGCCCCGCCCCUGAGGGCAGGGAUGUUGGGAAACACCAAUCACGGAGAGCAUGUGCUCAGGUCAAAUCUGACUCGUGCACCUGCUGGCUGGAACAUGGAAGAUUUAGAGGAAGAUGUAAAGUUCAUAGCAGAUGAGACCUUGGACUUUGGAGGGCUGUCACCAUCUGACAGUCGUGAGGAGGAAGACAUAGCAGUGUCGGUGACUCCAGAGAAACCCCUCCGAAGAGGACUCUCCAAUCGAAGUAAUCCAAAUGCAGUGGCCCCAGCCCCCCAGGGGCUGAGGCUCAGCUUGGGUCCCCUUAGUCCAGAGAAACUGGAGGAGAUUCUCCACGAGGCCAACCGGCUGGCAGUUCAGCUGGAGCAGUGUGCCCUGCAGGAGCAGGAGAGCACGGGUGAGGGCCUGGGGCCUCGCAGGGUGAAGCCCAGCCCCCGGCGGGAGACCUUUGUGCUGAAGGACAGCCCUGUCCGAGACCUGCUGCCCACUGUGAGUUCUUUGACUCGGAGCACCCCCUCCCCAAGCGGCCUGACACCCCGACUCCGGAGCAGCGAUAAGAAGGGGUCAGUCAGGGUUCUCCGGGCAGCAUCUGGAAAGAGGCCCUCCAGUGUGAAAAGGGAGUCACCCACUUGCAAUCUGUUGCCUACAUCCAAAAGCCCAGCAUCUUCUCCUCUUGCCCGAUCUACUCCUCCAGUCCGGGGCAAAGCUGGGCCCAGUGGGAGAGCAACAGCAAGCCCGCCUACCCCUGUCAGACCAGUCUUGGCCCCACAGCCUCCUACCGGCAACUCUCAGCGCCUCUCUCGGCCGCAGGGAGCAGCUGCUAAGCCUUCCAGUCGACUGCCUGUUCCCUCUGCCAUCCCCAGGCCUGCCAGCCGAAUGCCACUCACCAGCCGGAGUGUACCACCCAGCAAAGGUACCCUGCCUCCAGCUUCUCUGCCACCUCGGAAAGGACUUCCACGACCAAGUGCUGUAGGGCACAGAGUUCCUGUUUCCCAGCGGCCAAAUCUUCCCAUCACUGCUGCCACUCGCAGCAACCUGCAGCCCCCCAGGAAAGUGGCAGUCCCAGGACCCACCAGGUAAGACUGAUCAGUCAGCAAGCAAAAAUUCAGGAGCAAACCACUACAGUCACUGCCUGGACUCACCUCUACUCGACCUCCCAAGCCCUCUCAUGGAAGGCAGGCCCUGACUCCAGAAGAUUCUGGCCCAGGAGCAGGAGGAAAAGAUGCCACCAGGGCUGGUGCCCCAGGAGUGAAGAGAUGGGAGAUGGGGUGGAUUAGGGUUGAGCUGGAGGGGAAUCAAACUCUGUGGGUUGAAAGAGGAUUAGGAAAAAGAGGUCACCUCCCAACAGUGAAAUUAACAAGCAGAAAAUGAGAAAUGCAGGAGAGUGGUUUGUCCUCUUCCACCCCCACUCUUGUGUUCAGUCCCAGAGAGUUUGAUCUUCUUCCCAGGCUUUGGCUCACUGGACAUUUACAUGUGAAUGGCCUCUGUAGCUAACCUCCCUGCUCUCUGAGGAACAGUCCUGAAUCACAUCCUCUACUGGAUGCAGGCCUGUUUGGAGAGGCAGAGGCAGGCACCUGGUCUCUAGAACUUAUUUCCUGUGAAUUCUGUGACUCUUAAGAUGCCAAUUUAUGAUAAGCUUACAUCGAUCUGCGUUUUUCUAAAAUAAAAUGAAUGUAUUUUUAUAA